CUGAGCAAUUUCUCUGGCGAGAGGGGAGCACAAGGCGUAACAAUGCUGGGCUUUCUGGGGUCCGUGCUAGCGCUGUCUGCAACUCUUCCCCUUCUGAUAUUCCUGGUAGCUCCUUACAUCAGGAAGUUUAUUGCGGGAGGAAUGUGCAAAUCUACAGCGAAGCUGAAUGGAAAAGUCGUAGUGAUCACAGGGGCCAACACUGGCAUAGGGAAAGAAACAGCCAGAGACCUUGCAGGAAGAGGAGCUAGAGUCAUCCUUGCUUGUAGAGAUAUGGCAAAAGCAGAAGCAGCAGCCUGUGAAAUCAGGAGCACGACAGGAAAUGAACAAGUCAUUGCUAAGAAGUUAGAUUUGGCAGAUACAAAGUCUAUCCGAGAAUUUGCGGAGGAUUUCCUGAAAGAAGAGAAAGCGCUCCAUAUCCUCAUUAACAAUGCAGGGGUUAUGCUGUGCCCUUACUCCAAGACUGCCGAUGGCUUUGAGAUGCAUCUGGGAGUCAACCACCUUGGGCACUUUCUUUUAACAUUUCUUCUGAUAGAACGCCUGAAGCAGUCUUCACCGGCCCGCAUUGUGAACGUGUCCUCCCUGGCUCAUCACGGCGGGAGGAUUCGCUUCCAUGAUCUUCAGGGUGAGAAGUGCUACAAUCGGGGCUUGGCAUACUGUCACAGCAAGCUAGCCAAUAUCUUGUUUACCCGGGAGCUGGCCAGGCGACUGCAAGGUACUGGCGUGAUUGUAAAUGCCUUGCAUCCAGGCACAGUCUAUUCUGAACUGACCCGUCAUUUGUCUAUAGUGGAUACUUUACGGAAGUGUAUACCAUUCUUGUUGAAGACACCUGUAGAAGGUGCUCAGACCAGUGUGUAUUGUGCGGUGGCAGAGGAGCUGGAGUCAGUCAGUGGGCAGUACUUCAGUGACUGUAAACCAGCGUAUGUAUCACCUCAAGGACGCAAUGAUGAAACAGCAAAGCAGCUCUGGAAAGUCAGCUGUGAACUCUUAGGCAUCCUGUGGGACUGAAUUAUGGGUGAACAUUCCUACAGAAUUCUUUCCAGGAAAAACAGACCCUGGCCAAUCUAAAGGCCAGACAUCUUGUGUUUAUUUGAUACCAAUACAUUCAAAAUUUAAUUCAAGACCUUGGAGAGAUACAGUCGGGACUUCUUUCAUAUGUACAACACAACUGUUAAGAUGCACUUGUUUCUAAUAUGUGAACAGACAUCCUGAUCUUUUUUAACGUGUGUAUACAUGGAUGCUGAAAUUUAACCAAAAUGCAUGCAUACAUUAUGGUCAGUUCCCUCCAUUAGAAAACAAGGCCAGUAGCACAUUUGAAUCCUCCAUUUGUUGGACAAAUAAUUUUUCCCUACUUUAAGUGCUGCACAUGCUGUAACACAGCUGUUGCUACAGGAAAUAAGAUUUUGUGAAACACAAAAUUAUUAUGCAACACACAAACUUGUUUUCCAGGGUGUUGUGAUCUUGUUACAUAGAAGAUUGCUCCACUGGAGACAAGGGAAUUUCCUUCUAUGAAAAUCCGGCUGUAAAACUGCAUCUAUUUUGACUUGGAGCUUCUGUUUGCCAUGAGUACUGCACUUUUGUGGUACAU